AUGUCUGAUAAACCAAAAAAUGAGAACAAACUUCCUGAUAUACUCAAGAUAGAUGAAAUAACUUCAGGAAAAGUAGAUCCACAGUUGAUUUAUGAUGAGAUAGAGCGUUUGAAAGCGGAAAUAAAUACAUUAAGAAAUGAUAUGUCACUUUUCCUCCAAGCGUUGGCUACUAUACCCCCAAAUCAAUCACAAACGGAAUACUACAAAUUGGUAGUAUCUAGGUUAAAAAAAGUGCAAGAUAGCAUUGAUGAUUAUUGUGAGAAAUAUAACAAGCUAUUGCCGAUCAUUAAUCUCGCUCAAAUAAAGUUGGGGCACGAUGUUGAAGGGCCACCUCCAAGUAAAAUAAAAUCCGAAACUUCAACUAAUAAUAAUACGCCAAAUAUGGGGAAUAAGACGACACCUGUAAUGGGGAAUAAGACGACACCUGUAAUGGGGAAUAGCAGUACACCCAGUAUUGUGACAGCUAAUACCAAUACAGCAGCAUACCUGACGUCAAGCAAUACUGCGGCGAAACCUACAAAGAAAGCAACCAAGAGGGCCUCGGUGAGCAAUAAAGAUAUGGGAAGUAGUGCCAAUCAACCAAUUGUCAUUUAA